AAACAAACGCCCAAGUUGUUGUUUUUUUUGCGCCGUGAAAGUAAAGAGGUCAGAGAUUGGUGGGUGGGGAUAACCCCUACAUGGAUCACGUGUUGGAUCAAAGCGGGGUGCCGCCUUGUGGAGCUUGUGCAAGGAGAGGAGAGGAGAGGAGCGAAGCAGCGCAGAGCCAUGUAAUCGACAAAGCUGCACCGGAGAAACCUACACGUUACCAAGCAUCGACCCAGCCGCCCGCCGGCGCUUCAUUCUGAGGGUUGCUUCCACUUCAGGGGGGAAAAGGAAACAAAUCAAAGUUUUUUUUUGCCAAAGGACAAACAUCGAACCUCGCGCAAGCCAGGAUUAAUCGGUAAUUAUGUCCCGGUCAGCGCCUGUACAACCGGCAAGAUGAUGUGGAGUGGAUCCGAGUUGAUGCCUGUGCUCUUGGUAGUGGCGGCAGCAGCAUUGGGGUCCGUUCGUGCCAAGGAGACUGCCUUUGUGGAAGUCGUGCUUUUCGAGUCCAGUUCCAAUGGUGAAUAUACAACUUUUACAACGGACUUGCAGGGCCGAUUCUCCCGGGCCGGAGCCACCAUCAGCGCGGAGGGCGAGAUCGUGCAGAUGCACCCAUUGGGACUAUGCAACAACAAUGAUGAGGAGGAUCUGUACGAGUAUGGAUGGGUGGGGGUAGUGAAGCUGGAGCAACCGCAACUGGAUCCCAAACCCUGUCUCACCGUGCUGGGCAAGGCAAAGCGGGCAGUCCAGAGAGGAGCAACAGCUGUCAUCUUUGAUGUGUCUGAAAAUCCAGAUGCCAUUGACCAGUUAAAUCAGGGCUCGGAGGACCCAUUGAAACGGCCUGUGGUUUACGUCAAGGGUGUUGACGCAGCAAGAUUAAUGAACAUUGUUAACAAGCAGAAAGUGGCAAGGGCACGGAUCCAACACCGGCCACCACGGCAGCCCACGGAAUACUUUGAUAUGGGAAUCUUCCUGGCUUUUUUUGUGGUGGUUUCCCUUGUCUGUCUAGUUCUCCUCAUUAAAAUCAAGCUCAAACAACGCAGGAGUCAGAGUUCGAUGAAUAGGUUGGCUCUCCAAGCGCUCGAGAAGAUGGAGACGAGAAAAUUCAAAUCAAAGAGCAAGGUUUCUCGAGAAGGCAACUGCGGUGCAUCAGAUACACUCAGUAGCAGCUCCACCUCAGAUUGUGCCAUCUGCUUGGAAAAAUAUGUCGAUGGAGAGGAGCUGCGUGUCAUCCCCUGCACCCACCGAUUCCACAAGAGGUGUGUGGAUCCCUGGCUCCUGCAGCAUCACACAUGCCCACACUGCAGGCACAAUAUUAUCGAACGGAAGAAGGAGAGUGGUGGGCCAGUGUGCAUGGAGGCAGAGGGUCAGGGUCGAGGACGGCAGCGUGUGGUGCUGCCUGUCCACUACCCAGGCCGUGUCCACCGCACCAGCCAGCUGACCACCUACCCCACCAGGACCAGUAUGGACCCGCAUGGGAAUGCAGUAACCGUGCUGACAGUGGAGCAACACAGCGAGCAGGGGCUCUUCCCGCCCCAGGCAGGGGCUUACGUCCAUAGCUUCCCCCCCGUACACAUGGACCAUCACUGCAGUCUGGAGCACCGCGCCUUUCCCCAGUCUCACGCCUUCCGGAGGCCCAAGUUCAACGGGCGAAAUUACACGCGGGCGCCCUGCUUUUCCCAGUACGAAACCAUGUAUCAACAUUACUUCAUCCAAGGACUGAGCUACCCACAGGCAGAGUCCCAGGUGGGGCUCAUCAGCCACAAGGGACCCUCGCAGGCCUUUCAGGCGGGGGGCAGUAUGUUGUAUCCCACCGUUCUCCACAUCCCGCCAUCAUCCCACCUGGACGGAGGGAGCAGCUCCAGCUUCAGCUGCUACCAUGGCCACCGUUCGGUGUACAGCGGCUACCUAGCCGACUGCCCUGGCAGUGACAGCAGCAGCAGCAGCUCCAGCUCGGCCCAGUGCCACUGCUCCUCCAGUGACUCCAUGCUGGACUGUACCGAGCUCAGCAACCAAGGCGUGUAUGGGAGCUGCUCCACCUUCCGCAGCUCGCUGAGCAGUGACUAUGACCCGUACGUGUACCGCAGCCGCAGCCCGUGCCGGGCGGGGGCCCUGCUGGUAGAGGGCCCGCCCGGGGAGGAGGAGGAGGAGGAGGAGGAGGAGCCGCCCAAACACUGCGGCCCCUGUGCCGAGGGUGAGGCAGGGCCAGCAGUGUCGCCCGCCGACCAGCUCUCCAACUGCAGCAUGGACAUGAACUACAGCAGCAGCUCCUCGCUGGAGUACCGGGAAGCCAGCUCCAGCGCCGAGGGCAGGCCGGGGGGGUCUGGACACCAGGCGGAGGACCGGAGCGGGCCCUCUGAACAGGCCUGUGCCCGCUGCUUGGAGAUUCAUGCCCUGGACUGCAAAGUGGCAGAGAGCGGGCAGGAAGGGCGGCGUUUCCCGCUGCCCAGUGUGGCCUGUCGCAGGAGGGCCGAGCCCAGGACUGCCUCGCAGGCUCUGUACAGUGUUGCCGGCAGCAGGCCGUGCUGGGCCGAGCUGGGCCAGGGCCAGGCCUGCUGCCGCUACCUGGAGAGACAAGCAGGCAGCAUGGCCGAGGACUGUGCUGUCACCGUGCAGUACACCCAGGCUGAUGAGACCCCACCCUGCAGCCCCCACACCUCCUCCUCCGGUGGCUGUGAGCGGGGCCAGCGUAUCGCCAUCAUCCCUGAGGACACUGAGACUGACCUGCUGGCAGCAGCUGAGCCCUCCGAGGCCUCACGGCUGUGCCGGCCCCAGGACACGGCGGGGCAGCAGCGCAGGGAACCGUGCACUGCUCCAACGCCUCUCCACCCCCUUGCCCUGCCGGAGGCGGCCUCACACAACAUUUGCUCCAGGCCCCAUGAGCCCACCGUGAGGAGUAGCUCGGCGGGGUCAGGACCAUCUCUGAUGCUAGAGAAAGAUUUUGGCACUGAACAGAACAUCUGAUUUUAUAUAUAUAUGUGUGUAAAUAAGUACGGAGAUACGGGAAGCAAUGAAUAAAA